UGUUUAACACAUAAUAUAAAUGUAUUACACAUUUGAACUCUUAUGAUUAUUCAUUAACUUUUAUAAAAACUCGUCCGAACCAGUUUGAUUAUUCAACCAUUUUUAUUACCGGUUACAAAACUCGCUUUACGUAAGCAAGCGUGCGGGGCCACGUCAGGUGACGUGCGUCGGACAGAAUGAGGCGCGUUCACAGUCCGACUCUAUUCAGCUGGAUCGGUUUAUUCUGCAGGAACCGGCCGUCUCCUGUGCGCGUGGCCGCGGAUCCACGAGCAGCUUGUGCACCGAGACUCUGCAGCAAAACGUCCACGGACACGAGCAUCAUGGACCUGAGUGACAUGCGGAAGAAAUACAAGGGAGACGAGGAGUGCUUUGAAGAGAAUCAGCUUGUGUCUCUGGACCCGAUCAAGCAGUUUGGAAACUGGUUCGAUGAAGCCACCAACUGCCCUGAGAUCGGAGAGGCCAACGCCAUGUGCAUCGCCACGGCAACCAAGGACGGACGCCCGUCUGCUCGCAUGGUCCUCCUGAAGGGCUUCAGCAACGACGGGUUCCGCUUCUUCACGAACUACGAGAGCAGGAAGGGUUCGGAGCUGGAGAGUAAUCCGUGUGCCUGCCUGGUUUUCUACUGGGAACCUCUGAACAGACAGAUCCGUAUCGAGGGCACGGUGGAGCGGAUCCCGUCCCAGAGCUCCUGCGAGUACUUCCACUCCCGACCGAAGAGCAGCCAGAUCGGGGCGGUUGUGAGCCGACAGAGCACGGCUGUUCCCGACAGAGACUAUCUGAGGCAGAAAAACGCAGAACUGGAGGAGAAGUACAAGGACACAGAGGUGCCGAUGCCUGAUUACUGGGGCGGUUACAUCGUCAAACCUCACUCCAUGGAGUUCUGGCAGGGUCAGACCAACAGACUGCACGACCGCAUCGUCUUCACCAAGCCGACGGACGGCGAGUCGGAGCCGGGCGAGUUCCAACGCGCUGCGGCGGGAGACUGGGUGUAUCAGCGGCUGUCUCCAUGAGAAGCUCCUCCACAGACAGAAACUCCAUCUUUAACGUCUUUACCUCUGCUCAUAGAAACAGGAGCUACUGCUGGAAACUACUUCAGUAGGUGCUGCUGUGUUUAGGAUUCAUCAACGAGCCAAACGUCGCUGUGUCUUUAGAAAACUUAAACAACUUUUACGUGAAGGGAAAAUGACAGAAAGUGACACAGGAGGUCAAAGUCCACGUGUUAAAUAAUGAUCCACUGUGAUGUUGUUCUUCAUCGUGUCGCCGUCGACCUUUAGGACCAGGAAACUGUCUUUGUUUUUCUAGAAGCUCAAUCUUCAGCUCUGACUCUCACGUCUCCAUCAAACACGUGACUUCAUUUAGUUUAAAUGUGGAAACACUUCAGAGGUUUGCAAAUUGCUUAAUAAUCCCCCCAAAGGAAGUUUAGCAGAAGAACAGUUUGUUAUUUAGUUUGAAUUAAAGGCAGAGCUGUUGUGUUGCAGUAGAUUACAGUGGUGUACCUAAUAAAGUGGCCACUGGGUGUCCUCAUUCAUGUUCUGGCAUGUUCAGCUGAGCACAGGCUUCACUCUGAGGACAUGAUAUUAAGAAUUAACUGGAGGUGUCUACGUUUGACUGUAGUUUGAACCAAGUGUUGCUUCAAUUUCUAAGAAUUUUAAUAUAAUUUCUUGGAAAUUAAAGGAGAAUGUGAGUUAAAUUUCCAAAUAAUUCAGAAAAAUAAGACCGAUUGUAAAAGCUUAUGAUGAUUGAUCCAACUGCCUUUAAUAAUGAGGUUAAGAGCUGAUGUCAUGUGCCAAUCACUGUGUGUAUUAUUUACCUGAGAGUAAUUUCUUUAACUGUGAAAUAUUGCCAUUAAUAAAGUUUAAUUUGUAA